GAAGAAGAAACUGGCCAUCUCUUCAGUGGGAUGAAGCAUGCCUGGCAUCUCCCCCCAUCUUUAUUCCUUAGUUUGGUGAACGUUUGCUUGGUUCCGGCAAAUUACGCUCCCUAUUUUUUUGACAAUGGAGCCAGCAGCACUAACGGGAACUUGGCGCUUUUCAGCAUUUCUGAAGACACACCCGUGGGAACCCAUGUAUAUACGCUCAACGGGACAGACCCAGAAGGGGAUCCAGUGACGUACGGCCUGAGUUUUGAAGCUGGGUCUAGAAGUUACUUUGCUGUUGAUGAGAACUACGGGAACAUCACUCUGAUUUCGGAACUUGAUCGCGAGAUAGAAGAUGAGAUUGAAGCCAUAGUCAGCAUAUCAGAUGGCUUAAGUAAAGUAUCAGAGAAAGUCAGAAUCGUUGUCACAGACGCCAAUGAUGAGAGCCCAGAAUUUCUCAACACACCAUACAUAGUCCAAGUCCUGGAGAAUGCUCCCGCAGGAAGCAGCAUCUUCAAAAUUGAGGCUGUGGACAAAGACACAGGAUCAGGGGGGAGCGUCACUUACUUUCUACAGAACGUUCGUACAAAUAAGUUUACGAUAGAUCGUCACAGCGGUGUCCUUCGCAUCAAAACAGGGAUCGCUCUUGACUAUGAAAAAUCAAGAACGCAUUUUGUUACUGUGGUGGCAAAGGAUGGCGGUGGCAAGCUACGUGGUAACAACAAAGUGUUCUCAGCCACAACCACCAUCACGAUCAAUGUCGAAGAUGUUCAGGACACACCACCAGCGUUUGUUGGCACUCCAUACUAUGGAUAUGUCUAUGAGGACACCUUGGCGGGUUCUGAGGUGAUAACAGUUGCUGCUGUUGAUGGAGACCGAGGGAACCCUAACCGAAUUCAUUACACUCUUCUGAAUGGAAGUGAUGAGUCUUUUGAAAUAAGCAGUGCAACUGGAGCCAUUUCUGUUAUUAAAAACCCAAUUAAGCUGAAGAAAGAAGUGUAUGAACUGAAAAUCCAGGCCUCAGAAAUUGAUCCGGAAGGUGAGAUGUCUGCGCAUGCCUUUGCCACAGUAAUUAUAAGAAUUGUUGACCUCAACAAUCAUCCACCAACGUUCUAUGGAGAAAAUGGGCUACAGAACCGGUUUGAGCUCACAAUGUAUGAACAUCCACCAGAGGGUGAGAUCCUGAGGGGACUCAGAAUUACCGUUAACGAUUCAGACCAGGGAGCUAACGCCAAAUUCAACCUCCGCCUCGUUGGGCCCGGUGGCAUCUUCCGCGUUGUCCCUCAGACUGUCCUGAAUGAAGCACAGGUCACUGUAAUAGUCGAAAACUCUGCAGCUAUCGACUAUGAAAAAUCCCAGGUUUUAUCCUUCAAGCUUCUUGCAAUAGAAGUUAACACUCCUGAGAAGUUUAGUUCAACAGCUGAUAUCGUGAUACGUCUCUUGGAUACCAAUGACAACACCCCAAAGUUUUCAUCAGAUUAUUACAUCGCUCGGAUUCCAGAGAAUUCCCCUGGGGGCUCCAAUGUAGUAUCUGUGACAGCAACGGAUCCAGAUUCGGGCCUUUGGGGCGAAGUGAAGUAUUCCAUAUAUGGAACAGGAGCAGAUCUAUUCCUGAUCCACCCGUCUACUGGGAUUAUCUAUACCCAGCCAUGGGCCACAUUAGACGCCGAGGCCAAUUCCAAAUACAACUUCUACGUGAAGGCAGAAGAUACCGAAGGGAAGUAUAGUUUGUCCGAAGUCUUCAUUACUGUGCUGGAUGUCAAUGACCAUUCCCCAGCGUUCAAUGAGAACAUCCAGGAGAAAACCAUGGUUAUUGGAUCACCAGUGAAAGUUCAGGCGAUCGACCAAGAUGCAGAAGAACCCAACAACAUAGUUGACUACUCCAUUAUGCAAGCAGAUCCGGCCGACGUGUUCGAUAUAGACCCAAGCACCGGAGAAAUCAAGCUGAAAUCCUACAUCCGAUCCUUGGAUAUCAUCUACAACAUCACCAAUAACAGAGACUGCAUAUGGUCAGUGGUAGUACAGGCAAAAGAUCGGGGCUCUCCUUCGUUUAGUACCACAGCCGUUUUGAAGAUUGAUAUCACAGACGAGACUCUUCACAGAGGGCCCAUGGGCCCCUUUUUGAUGCAAACAAAAGAUAACCCCUUGAAAGCCUUAGGAGUUCUAGCUGGUGUCAUAGCAACGAUGGUGAUGAUCACCAUCUUGAUCUCUACCGCCACGUUCUGGCGCAAUAAGAGGUCUAACAAAGUCAUGCCGGUGCGACGGAUCAUUAGAAGAAGGCAGAACUAUCAACCCCGGACAAUCAGGCUGGAGUGGCUGAAAUUCAAGAGCUUGGCCAACUUCUCCGAAAAGUUCAGUGCCCAAGAAGACGUCAAGAGCCUCCAGAACGAGAACAGCAACAACAACUUGCUCCAGGUGCUGCCCCCUUUGCCACCGACCGCUCCGGUCCCGCCUCCCGCCCCUGUGUUCAAGAUGAGCCUCCCCGACUGGAGAGUCCCCACAGUGUCUGGAUCUCUGAGCCCCAAGAUCAAAAGCAAACACGUGAAGAAAAAGGGCUCUGCUAGCAUGGGCCACAACGCCCUGGUGUCCGAGUUGAAGUCAAGGUUCGAAAAGAGUAACGCAGCCUCCGGUCACCCUCAUAUCUAG